AUUGAGGUCAAGUGACUCAAGUCUGGACACUCGUAACGACAGGAAGGUAUGAGUCGCCAUGUCCUCUCCUUCUCCCUCGGAUCUCGCCUUUCGUCUUCUUCGCUCGAUCUCUCUUGACUACGCCCACUCCUUCAUCUUUCUUCGUAAUUUUCAUUUUUUCUUUCUUCUUUUCCAUCAAAAUUAUCCAACGGCAGUUCUAUAAACCCUAUAUAUCUUCUUCCUCCGUCGCUUCUCUCUCUGCCCGGAAUUUUCCAGAAGCCAAAGAAGACGUAGAUGCAUGGAAUGAAUCCAAUAUCCUAACGCUGAUUCACUUCAUCUGUGUACGAUUCCGGUUUACGUUUGCAGCUAAUCUGCCAAUUUGGGGAGUCCCUUUUUUCCUGCGAUCGGUUGACGAUGACGGAUUUCCAGGAGGAGAGCGAUUCGUCAAUGUUGAUCUCCUUGCCUAAGAAUUCUAACCAUAAUUCUCCUCACUUCUAUCGCCUCAUGAAUGGCCCUGCUUCAUCCCCAGCCUCUUGGUUCGAGAUUCGGCUCUUCUAUGUUCGAAUUGCUCCAUGCGUUGUCGGCAGCGUCCCCACCCAUCUCACUCUCCGCCACCUCCGACGCGAAAUUGGGGUUUCUCUGGAGAUCAAUGGCUCUCGCAUCCCUGCCUCCGAGACGACGUCUAUCACCCUCCGUCGCGACCGUCUCGAUAAGGAAUCGUCAGAGGUUACCUAUGUAAGCACCGAUAGCGUUCGAGUGGCAGGCCCACUUGAAUUCGAGGUGUAUGAGAGGGAAGAUUUAAUCUUGUGUGGUUCUCUGGAACGGAUGGAAUCCCCUUGGAGCAAUGGCAGUGUUGGGUUCGAUCACAAUCAGCUAAGGACAGAGAACGAUUCCAAGACGGGUUGGAGUAUGGAUUGCUGUACCGCGGCCUCGAUUGCUACGGGUUCGUCUGCGUUUUUCCAGCCAAAGUUAGGGGUUUCAUCGCCUUCCAUCGAGGUUUAUGUUGCCGGGUGCUCCUCUGGCUUCCCUCUCAUACUUACGAAGACAAUUCACCUCAGCCCCAGACGGAAGCCUCCGCGACAUGCUACACUUGAUGCUAUUCCCGAAGACGAAGAAACCGGAAAGGAUCCGAAGAGCAUGAACGGUAUCGUUCGCCACAGGAAGUUGCAAAUUGCCGACACGGAAGCUGAUGAUUAUGAUUCUGAAGGGAAAACCGGGACCAGAUUCUACUCGGAAGAGAUGUACAUUGAUGAUGAUGGUCAGCUCUCAUGGUUCAAUGCUGGUGUUCGAGUUGGAGUGGGAAUCGGUCUAGGUAUGUGCCUUGGGAUUGGAAUUGGUGUUGGACUGCUCAUGCGCUCAUACCAAGCAACAACCAGAACUUUCAGGAGGAGAACUAAUUUAAGGGAGUUGCCGGCAGCAACAAUGCCGCCCCGUAACGGUAGCAUAAAACCACCCUCUUCUCUUCCCCUAGUGGUAUCCCUCAACUGCCUGGAAGAUUGCAGCUUCGAACAAGAAUACCUUGCGGGCAUCGCCGCUGUCGAGCACGUGGGCCUCAACCGCCUAGCCGACGGGCUGAUCGAGUCCGCCGCCGCUGUCAUCCUCCACUCGCUGGCCUUCCUGCCACGUGCCGCUCAGCGCCGCCUCCAGCCAUGGCAACUCAUCCUCUGCCUCGGUUCAUCCGACCGCUUCGUCGAUUCCACCCUCGCCGCCGACCUCGGCCUCCGCCUCGUCCAUGUUGACGCCUCACGUGCCGAAGAGAUCGCCGACACCGUCAUGGCUCUCUUCCUCGGCUUGCUUCGCCGUACUCACUUGCUCUCUCGCCACGCAGUCUCCUCUUCUGGCUGGCUCGGUUCAGUGCAGCCUCUAUGUCGCGGGAUGCGAAGGUGUCGAGCUCUCGUCUUGGGGAUUGUUGGUAGAUCUGCUUCCGCUAGGUCCUUGGCGACUAGGAGCUUGGCGUUUAAGAUGAGUGUGCUUUAUUUCGAUGUUCAGGAGGGUGAAGGAAAAUCAGGCAGGCCUUCUAUAACAUUUCCUCCAGCUGCUCGAAGAAUGGAUACGCUUACUGAUUUACUUGCGGCAAGUGACCUUAUUUCACUCCAUUGUGCUCUAUCAAAUGAGACUGUUCAGAUUAUCAAUGCAGAAUGUUUGCAGCACAUAAAACCUGGAGCAUUCCUUGUGAACAUGGGGAGCAGUCAGCUGUUAGACGAUUGUGCUUUGAAACAGCUUUUGAUUGAUGGCACUAUUGCUGGUUGUGCGCUAGAUGGUGCUGAAGGGCCACAGUGGAUGGAAGCAUGGGUAAGGGAGAUGCCCAAUGUAUUGAUCCUUCCCUGCAGUGCAGAUUAUAGUGAAGAAGUAUGGAGCGAGAUAAGGGAGAAAGCUAUUUCUUUGUUGCAAAUGUUUUUCAUUGAUGGGGUUAUUCCAAGUAAUGCUAUCUCUGAUGAGGAUGAUGCAGUAAGUGAAACAGGCUAUGAAGAUGAACAAUCUGAGAAACUAGACCGAGAUAGCGGCUCAAGGAGUCAUAUUGUUGAGCAGUUGGCUGAUGACAUUCAAUUAAGUCCAGAAAACUAUCAGAAAAAGGGUAUUUUUCAAUCAACGGAGUCCCACAGCCUACCUCAAGCUUCAGGUGUGUCCAAAAACCAAGCUGAGGGAAGGCGUAGCAGGUCAGGGAAGAAGAGUAAGAAGAGACAUACCCGCCGUAAAUCCCAGCAGAAGUCGGAUGACUUGGAAAGAGAUAGCAACUGCACCUCACAGCGAGAAGAUGAUACUGCUUUGAGUGGCACUGAUCAAGUAUUAAGUUCUAGUUCCCGUUUUGCUUCCCCAGAAGAUUCUAGAAGUAGGAAAAUUCCUGUUGAAUUGAUAACAGUGUCAACUUCUGAGCGGCAAACAAAAUCAAACUUGGGGAUUAGUAGAAGUUCAGGUGAACUGCUAAAAGACGGUUAUGUUAUUGCUUUGCAUGCAAGAGAUUGUCCUGCUUUACAUGUGUCCAGGCAAAGAGUUCCUGGUGGUGGCUGGUUCUUGGACACAAUGUCUGAUGUCACUAGAAGGGAUCCUGCGGCACAAUUUUUAGUCGUUUUCAGGAGCAAGGACACAAUUGGAUUGCGAUCUUUUGCUGCAGGUGGAAAAUUAUUGCAGAUAAACAGAAGAAUGGAGUUUGUAUUUGCUAGCCACAGUUUUGAUGUUUGGGAGAGUUGGACAUUGGAAGGCUCUUUGCUAGAGGACUGUAGGCUUGUCAACUGUAGAAAUCCUUUGGCUAUUUUGGAUGUGCGUAUUGACAUUCUUGCAACCGUAGGAGAUGAUGGGGUUGCUCGCUGGCUUGAUUAAGCUGGCUCUGUGGGAGGACGAAGCUAACCUAUUUCACGUUUCGUAGAUUGUCAUGUUUGUAUCCUCUUCAACUUGUAAAGCAUUCAAUUUUGAUCAUCUUAAAAUCGAACUUACAGUGUUGGUUUUGUUUACUUUGUGUUCUAGCUUCUCUCUUUGCACAGGGUGCUUUGCUGCAUCUGUUUCUAGAAUGAAGAAAAUUGUUGAUUUCUUUUUAUGGAAGAAAAUUAUUGUUGGGAAUUUGUAUUGUGGUGAAUUUUAGUGCAAGUUUUGGC